AAUGGCACCACCCCGACCUGUGGAUCAAUGUCAUCAGCGCAGGUACACGGUCCGCCAAAUCCGUGUAUUCCUGCACAUACAUGCACUCCUGGGGCCAUGUGCAAGUGACCGACACUUCGCAAGGUCAUACAACAUCCCUGAGACCACGUUUCGUGGAUGAAGGCGGCAUCGGUGACAUACUUAAGUACCACGCACCAUGGCGGCCGAGCGACAUUGCAAGGCAAAGGGCGAAGGCGAGUCCCAAACCUUUUCGAGCGAUUUGGUGGACUUUAUGGAGUUGGUCCGAGAUGGCGAGCACUUUCUCAUCACGGCCCACCUGGUCACGUGGGUGAAGUUCUACCAGCCUCAAUGGCUGUCAGCGUACAUGGCCGACAAGUCAAACAACGACCGCGCGUACAAGAGUCUGGUCCAGUGGUGCCUCCGGUUCGCAAAUUGCCACGGCCUCAGUCACCGAGUGCCGUGCCAUGCGAAGAUACCCUAAGGAGAACUUCUUGCUGUUUAAGAAAAAAAUUCAGCCAAAUUAUAUGCCAAGUUCGUCCACCCCCAAGCGAGCGUGGAUCAAUGUUGACGAAACACCCGUGUACUACGAUAUGCCACAAGGACGUACGUUGGCGAAGAUUGGUGGUUCGUCACGCGUUC